CACAGGCCAAAUUCAGCGAGAACGAGAGGGUACGUAGGGAGACGAGGCACACCUGCAUGAUGUCUGGCGACCAACUGGAAAAUUUGCCACGUAGAUCGAGGUUGAGUUUGAGAAACGGGGCCAAAAAGGUAGAAGAGGAAGAGCCUGUCCCGAUUGUGGUGCCUUUGCUUGAGAAAGACUAUAUUUGCGUCGACAGUUUAGGGUUGUCUCCAGUGGCGAAAUGUAAGGGUACUGCGGGCUCGCAAGGGGUUCACAAGCGUGAGAGUCCUCGUAUACGUUCGCAAGUGCGGUCAUCCGGACAAGCCGAUUCACAAAGCAGUGGAAAUGGAUCUCAACAGCCCCGCGUUAUGCCGAGGAAACCAUCGGCGGCGAAGGACAGCAAGAAAGUAAAUGAGAGAAGUAUGUCUGUCGACAACACAAAGUCAGAAGCUGUUGUGAAAGGGCAAAGUGUACGGGCGAGCAAAGAUGUGCGAGAUCCUGUCAAGAGGCGAAGGAGCGCUAUCCAGCAACCCAAGCUCACCACUUUCUUCACACAGGUACCCACGCCCUCGACUUCUAGAUCGGACACACCUGUCCCAACCACUGAGCCAUCGGUCACGAACAAGCGAGCGAAACACGCGCCAGGUAAACACAGCACAGUAAAAGGGGAAGAUCUUUGCGUGGACGUUGAAGAACAAACUUGCCGUAGCACGAAGAAGGACCCACAGGGUUUGAAUGUAUCACAUACGGACAAAUAUGAUGCGGGGCAUCAAGCAUGCAAAGGUCAGACGGAGCAAGUGGGCGACCACUUGGAAGUAACCGCAACUCGAUCCCAGUCCCCAACACGUACGAACACCAAACAUAUGCCACCCGCCGGCACGCAGUUGGAAAAGACUACAGACGCGCGCCUGCCAAAGUCUGCACAUACAGCACCCAAUUGGGGCUGUAUGGUGGACCAGCGGCGACGCGCGCAAUACAUGACAUCCAUCCACAGCUCAGCUCCGAAAAAGGGCGGACUGGCGUCUUUCUUCUCGGAGAAGGUUCAGCAGAGUGAUGGACAUGGUAGUGGUGAGUUUGGAGAAGAUGCGCGAACGGCCAGUGGCCCUUGGAUUCCGUACUGCCAGAGAAGCUAUGGACAUCGAUACGAGAACCACUUUGGCGAUCGUCGACCUCCGGGAGUUGGUAUAUAUGAUACCGACGCAGUGCGUGCCGUGCGACGAGCCGGUGCGGCCAACGCUGAACCCAAUGAGAAUGAACCGGAACCGACGCAAACAUCUGAUUCAGUCGAGGCUGAGGAGCCUGUAAAUGAGCCAAAAGAAAAGUUCUCGGACAUCUUGGCUAUAAAUAUGAGGCGAUUACUUUCUGAAGCUUUGAAGCCACACUUCAGAGGCAUUUUGCCUGCAUCGCAAAUCUCAGAUAUUCACCGAGUUCUAGGCCUGUCCCACGAGGCCCUGGUUGCAUUUGUAACGAUAUACCGCGCCGAUUCGUCAUGCAGAUGGUUGUCCUUGCAGAAAAAGGGGCUCUCUAAGGUGACUGUCGAUAGCCUCAGUGAGGCAGGACUCGUAUGCUAUCUUGGCUCUCCCGCGAUCCCAGCACUUCCAUCACCCGAUUACAAUCUAGCACUAGCCGAGCUCUCCUCAGUGGUCUCAAAUCUGAGCGUCAAGCAACUGAAUCAGAUCUGCAAGCUGGCCAAGGUUAAGACGACUCGUGUUGAUGAUCCCAACAAACCCACCUACGCCAGCUGGAAGGGUGGUGCCGGUGUCACUUCCAAUUAUGGCUCGGGUACCAACCCCCGUAAAGCUGACUACGCAAGGUCGGUUUGUGAAAGUGCAGCAGCAGCAGACAUAUGGCCGUUUCUGCACAAGAAGAAAUCCCAACUCCCCAAUUGGCUAUUCCAGCUCACGCUCGAUAUGGGUGUUUUCGUGCGUACGACAAGUGCGGCCCAGUCUGUACUUGCGGCCCAUCGGCUGGUGCUUGCAGGGUCCUCCUAUAUUCCCGAUGACGCAUCACUUCUCCUCAACUGUGGGCUUGUUUGGGAUAGUAUCAAGUUCCUACCUCUCACCCGCACCCCGAAGCAUACGGAGCCACAAACUCUGGUUCCCGCUUCGCAUACGAGUAUAGAUGUCACUGCAUCAACACACACGAAGAAAACAACAGUAGAUAUUUCCGUGGAGGCGGCGAGUAGUCAAAAUGAAUCUGUGGAACUUUUGACAGACUCGACAGGAACGGAACAGCAUAGUACUGUAAAUGAUCACACACGAAAGUGUCGUAAUGUGGACAUGAGAAUGGAUGCGUGUGAUGUUGGUGACGAAAGCCCGAGAGGAUUGCAAUGGAGGUCUACGUGUUGGCAUGGAAAGUAUCAUUCGUUCAAGACUAGCUCUGAUUUGUCCUCGGACAGCGCUUGUGUUGCGCCAGGGCAUGAGGAAGAACACAGCAUGCUGGUUACGUGUGCGGAGAAUCGCGCAGACGUCGUUGGCGAGAUGGUAGAUACCACCGACCAUGGAGUGAAGAACCAGUGUACAGUCGAACAAAGCGCAGAUGUGGCAGAAACAUAUGUGUGUGUGCCCUCGAGCAUGUGGACGAGUGCUGAGCAUUUCCAAAAGUACAAUGAGGCUCUAGAUCUGUCUGACGAGUUAGAGCUGUACACCGCCAUUGGUCAAGGCGAACCACUGUACAGUGUGAUGCACAAGGCUGCGGACACUCUGUUGCCCUACACUGCCGUAGACCUGACCACCGACGACAAGCCACCUCGCUCUGCGAUCAAAGGGACCCGCAACGAUGGCGUAGUAAAGACUACACACGAGUGCAACGGUGGUGUACAUGGCGACGCUGGACCAGUACGAGCGAAGGAGUCGGCGAGCGCUCCCACAGAUACUCUGGGAAGUGGUCCUACGGAUAUCUGCGACGGUGGGGAAGUACUGGGUAACCAUGGGACGUGUGGUGUAACUGUGCGUCCCCUUGCACAGCCGUACGAUGUCGCCACCGCACCAAACAGACCCGACAUGCGCACACAACACACUGUGGACUGGUCGCGUCUUAUGUGCCGGACGGUAUACCGCGGUGCUGGGCUGUUGCAGAAGGAAAAGAAGUACACCGAGGCGAAGCACUACCUGGAUAUACUGCUGAGAGCGGGUGGGAGAAACCCACUGUCGGACCAGGAGUACACUAAGCCGUAUCCCUGGGGCACCGUUCUGCUAGGAGAUAUCUGGUGUCGUUACGGACGUAUUCUCGAGCGUCUCGGUGCUGUGCGGGAGGCGAUAGAUGUGUACGAACGAUCUCUGAAAGAUCAGUAUGUUGUCGGUGGACAACGGAUCGCAAUACAUAAAUCUGUGGCAAAACUGAGCAAAGCACCUUACAGGUGGAAAGCGCCAGUUUUCGAGACGCUUACACACAAGUUUGUGGAGAGGACACUGGUGGGCGAGAGAGUCGUGGUAGGGGGUAGGGUGCGAUUCAAUGGUUCACCGUUUCUGAAGUGGCCGCUGCCCUUAACCGGAGGCACCGGUGGAGUAGAGGAGUACUCCAGACAACGGAUGAUACAAAUUUUAGAUACGCCUACGCGAAAAUGGAAGGGAAUGCAUGCCGAGAACGGAGUGAUGUUCACAAUCUUUGGGCUUAUGACCUGGGAUGUCAUUCUGGACUACCAUGCCAUCAGCGAUGAACACGACUCGCGAGGCCAUUUCUACACCACGCUGCAAGAUAUGCCUGCGUGCUUGUAUGACGGUAUACUGUCGUGUUCGGGUUUGGGCAGACAUGUCACUGGUUAUCUGGACGGUCUCACCGCUGUUUGUGAAGGUAACAGCGCGUGUAAGCUGAAGUGCGGACAAGUCAGUCUGAGAUCACUGCUGACGCGAGCGUGGAAACGGCACAAUGGGCAACAAUGCAAAGGAGUCAACUGGACUAGAAACACCUUGAAAGAAGUCAUCUGCAUCGCUGAAGGCAUGGGUGUGCAUGCGGUUGCCAUGUGCUGCAAGAGGCUGGCGAAUGGGUUUGAGCAGUUUGCGGGUGGACUACCGGAUUUACUGUUAUGGUCUGAAAAUGACCCGCCUAUGGUGAAAUAUUCGGAGGUGAAGGGCCCGGGGGAUAAGCUAAGUGAACGUCAGAUGUCCUGGAUCCAGUUUCUGCAAAACCUGGGUGUGGAUGUUGAAGUGUGCUAUGUGGAGGAUACAUUGCUAGAGCGAGCAAAGUCAAAGCGGCGGUGAUUUCACAGGUCCUGAGCUCGAGCGAGGAGACGGUUUUAGAGCUACACGUCAAUCCACGAAAAAGUGCAGAAAAAUGCGUCUUGGCACGGGGUACAGCAAUAUGGAUCACCCCAAUUAGUAUGAAAGUAUGCAAUAGUUAGAGAUAUAUAGAUGAUGAUUAGAAGUGCUCGAGAAGUCUAAAUGCAUGUAGUUCAUAAGCUAACGUAUCGAUUCUAAUAGUAGUAAACAAAACAUGGGAGACAUAGUUCUUUAUAACCCGUACGUGCCUAGGCCGAUCAGCUCUACGAUUACAAGAUAAACUUUAUAUAUCAAAUGAG